CUCUUCUUGUGCAUAAACGAGCAACUACUUCGAGCGAGUCAGACGUGCAAACACAGAAGAGUACGCACACGUGACACUUAACUGCAUUUGGGAGCAGAAUGUCUGUGAAUGCGCCCAGCAGCAGUGAUGCAUGUUUAAGCAUCGUUCACAGCCUGAUGUGCCACCGCCAGGGAGGAGAGAAUGAGAGCUUCGCCAAGCGUGCCAUCGAAAGCCUGGUAAAGAAACUCAAAGAGAAAAGAGACGAGCUCGACUCCCUCAUCACUGCCAUCACCACAAAUGGAGUUCAUCCAAGCAAAUGUGUCACCAUACAAAGAACGCUGGAUGGACGUUUACAGGUGGCUGGGCGGAAGGGUUUCCCUCAUGUCAUAUACGCUCGUCUGUGGCGAUGGCCGGACCUUCACAAGAAUGAGCUCAAGCAUGUCAAGUUCUGCCAGUAUGCAUUUGAUCUGAAGUACGAUAACGUGUGUGUGAACCCCUACCACUAUGAGCGCGUGGUGUCCCCUGGGAUCGUUGGAUUCAGUUUGCCAAACACAGGCAGGCUGAUAAAAGAAGAGCACAUACAUGACUGCAUCCAGAUGGAGGGUCCGUCGAGUAUGACUUUACAGCAAGACCAUCAUCCUCCAGAUCACUACAGCCCACAGCCGCUGAGACUGAUCUCCCCAGAGCCGCCCCAGCGAACCACUUCCUCGGUCACUCUCUACCCCAGCCUGCCCCUCUCUCCACCCUCAAGUGCUUCCAGGUUGUCAAUACAAGCAGAACGUCCCGAGGGACUGUUACAGAUCGCCUCCCCAGCUGGACGGGCCUUGACCUCCAGCUCUCCACCUUCCACCCCAACACACAGUCACGCACCCACACACAGCCAGCCUUCGUCCCAGCAGCCCUCCGUCAGCCAGAGUGAAUACAGCACGUCCAAGCACACACAGACACAGGGGUCUUACCACACAACAACCUGGACUGGGACCAGCACAGCCUCCUAUACUCCUGCUGGAUCACAGCAGAAUGGGCGGAGUCAUCAGCAAGGACCUCCCCCUCACACUAGCCACUUCUGGUCUCAGCAUCACACACCAACCUCGUACCCUCAACCAGUUUCAAACCAUCCAGGCCCAGAGUUCUGGUGCUCAAUCUCUUACUUUGAGAUGGACGUGCAGGUCGGGGAGAUGUUUAAAGUUCUAGCCAAUUGUCCUGUGGUGACAGUGGACGGAUAUGUGGACCCUUCAGGCGGGGACCGCUUUUGUUUGGGUCAGCUGAGCAAUGUUCACAGAACUGAUGCCAGUGAGAGAGCACGGCUUCACAUCGGUAAAGGUGUUCAGCUGGAGUGCCGUGGGGAGGGGGACGUGUGGAUGCGUUGCCUUAGUGACCAUGCUGUAUUCGUGCAAAGUUACUACCUGGACAGAGAGGCAGGGAGAGCGCCAGGGGAUGCUGUUCACAAGAUCUACCCAGGGGCCCUCAUUAAGGUGUUUGAUCUUCGUCAGUGUCACAGGCAAAUGCAGCAGCAAGCGGCGACUGCGCAGGCAGCUGCGGCUGCACAAGCUGCAGCGGUGGCUGGGAACAUCCCGGGGCCUGGCAGUGUUGGAGGAAUCGCUCCAGCCAUCAGUUUGUCGGCGGCAGCCGGGAUUGGCGUUGAUGACCUCAGACGUUUGUGUAUCCUGCGGCUAAGUUUUGUAAAGGGCUGGGGACCUGACUACCCUCGACAGACCAUCAAACAGACACCGUGCUGGGUGGAAGUUCAUCUGCACCGUGCCCUGCAGCUGUUGGAUGAGGUCCUGCACACCAUGCCCCUCGCUGACCCCGGACCUGCCAACUGACCCAGAGACUUCCAAAUAGACAAGGCCUGCCACAAAAACAGAGAGGACGAUAGACAGAGAGAAGGAGAGAAUCACACACCUGCACAGGCAAACAGUGACUCAUAGUACCACAUACACUUAAGCCUUCACAUACGCUGUCUUUCCACAGCCUUGGCCGGCAAAGUGCCUCUGAACUGACCAGUGUUUAGUCCACUCUUGGGUGCUGUUGACCUGGUUGUCAUGGUAACACAGACCAAAGGCCCUGCUGAUGAGUUCACACUAAUGGAGGUCCAGAAGAGGUGAAAGUAAGUUGGUUAAGAGGGAGAGAGAGAUUCAUAUGAUAGCACGAUUAAUAUGCUCAAUCUUCAGAGACUCAAGUAUGGAUAUUAAUGGUAUUUUUAACCCUUUAACAGGCAAAAUUUACAUAAAGGUAUUAUUUAAAACAAAAAAAGAAACACAUUUAAUAUAUAUAUAUAUAUAUAUAUAUAUAUAUAUAUAUGUGUGUGUGUGUAUAUGUGUAUAUAUAUAUAUAUAUAUAUAUAUAUAUAUAUAUAUAUAUAUAUAUAUAUAUAUGUAUAUAUUAAUGUGUGUGUGUAUGCAGAUAUUAACUGCACUUUGCAUACACGUUAAUAUUAGUAUUUACUACUUCUAAUCCUUACCUUAACCAACAUUGCAGUUGUCCUGGGUCUCUGAGGGUUAAAGCUCUGACUCAAUCUGAUUUAUCAUAGUUUUUAAAGUUUCAGCUAAUCUGAAUGUUGAGUGCAGGCAGUAUGUCCAGGAAUAAAUGCAUUUCUUAAAUGGACAGUAUUCUACAAGGCAGUAUAUUUUAUCUGAAAAAUCUUGAAAUGAGACCAAAGAAUCUGCAGUUUUAAUGACAUUCGACUUAUGAAUGCCAUAAUAGUUUAUAAUUCAGUGAUACAGAGAUAGUUGGAGACAGUGGGAUUUUUGUCUGCUAACCUAUACACGAGGGAUAUAUUAAACAGUGCUGAACUAUAUGCUAAAACAGUUUGACACUUCAUACAUGCUAAAAAACAAUGUCAGAAGUACGGACACCUAGUGGUUAUUUCAAAUAUUGCAUUCACUCAUACACAGCUUUGCAUUUUUGGUUUAAUACAAACUUUAUUACAAACUGUAUUUAAUUCGAGGAUUCUGUGAGAGGAUGUGCUAUAUUCUGAAUAUAUUCAUGACAAAAUGUAUGCCUCCAAGAGAGUUCUACAUAACUAUAUUCAGAUUACAACGUGCUCGCAAGUGCCUUAUUGCUUACAUAAAAGAAUCACUAUAAUAUAAAAAUACUAAUAUUCUAAAUUCAGCAGCAUUCAUCCGCUAGAAGAUAUAUGACAUAUGGCAUACUAACAACAAUCACAGAUAACAACUUUAUUGAUACUUACUUUAUAUCACCCUUCUGGCCUCAAGGAAUAGCAAAGGGUCCAUAGGCUGGGAUUUACCAAACCUUUUUGUCAGUCGAACCCCUUUGACCUAAAAUAUUUACUUGAAGCACCCUUUAUAAGGUAUAAGUUAAAAACAUGUUUGCAUGUUCACAGAUAUCUGUUAACAGUUAAUGGUCACACGACAUGCAAGUAAACAAAUAAAAUAUGUAACUUUUUAGUACGUUGUUUGAACUGGUUUUUUUUUUGUUUGUUUGUUUUUUUUUUUUUUACAAUUUUAGGAUUUUAUUAAUUAUUAGCUUUUCAUCAGCGCAUAAAUCCCCUGCAGUUUUCUCAUUCAUGAACCCCAUUAUGAAAAACCCUGCAACCGUAUCAUAAAAAUAGUCCUAUUCCAUAUUUUUGACAUCCUGAAUAUCGCAUAGGGAAGUAUUCA